AUGUUGAACUCAGGGGGUCGGAGGUUGAAGCAGUGGCUGAUUGAGCAGAUCCAAAGUGGGCAGUAUUCCGGCCUGCAGUGGGAAGAUGAAAACCACUCUAUGUUCCGAAUUCCAUGGAAACACGCAGGAAAACAGGAUUACAACCAAGAAGUUGAUGCGUCCAUUUUUAAGGCUUGGGCUGUGUUUAAAGGCAAGUUUAAGGAGGGAGACAAGGCUGAGCCUGCAACAUGGAAGACCAGACUCCGCUGUGCCCUGAAUAAAAGUCCUGACUUCGAGGAGGUGGCCGAGCGAUCACAGUUGGACAUCUCAGAGCCCUACAAAGUGUACCGCAUUGUGCCCGAAGAGGAGCAGAAGAAUGGUAAGAGCUCCAUGAUGACCAUCCCAGCACCCACCAGCUCAAGUGAUAUGAAAGACAUGGACUGCAGCCCUUCAGAAAUAGAAGAAUUCAUUAAAGAGGAGGACGGCUGCAGCAUUCAGGCCAGUCCAGAGUACUGGUCCCAAGGCAGCAUGAAUGCUUUGCCAUUGAAUCAAGACCCUUUACCAUCAAGCAGCCUAACUUCAGCUUUCUCUCAGCUGAUGAUCACUUUCUACUACAGAGGGAAGCUGAUGCACAGCGCCUUCGUCACUCAUCCCGAAGGCUGCCGCAUUUCCCCCCAGCAGCCCCUGGGACGAGGUGCCCUCUACAGUUCAGACAGCAUGCAGACUAUUCAUUUCCCCCCAGCUGAGCUCAUCGAGUACAGCGAGCAGCGCUUCGUCACUCACAAGCUGUUGGGCCACAUUGAGAGAGGCAUCCUGGUGCGUGCCAAUCAGGAAGGGAUCUUCAUCAAGAGGCUCUGCCAGAGUCGCGUCUUCUGGAGUGGGCAGGGAGAUGUGGGCCAGUACAGCUCCAUGCCCUGCAAAUUGGAUAGGGAUGCCGUGGUGAAGAUUUUCGAUACGGGAAAGUUUUUCCAAGCUCUGCAGUUAUAUCAGGAGGGUCAGAUUCCCGCUCCCGACCCCACAGUGACUCUGUGCUUUGGAGAGGAGCUCAGUGACUUAAACAGCGCAAAGAGAAAACUCAUCAUUGUGCAGAUCAGUAUGGUGAACUGCCAGCACAUGCUAGAGACAAUAAAUGUUCACCGCUCUCAGGCCUACUGCAGCAACCCAAACCUGGAGAUGCGGGAUGAUCUGGCCACUGAGCAGAUGGCGCGCAUCUACCAGGACUUGUGCAGCUACAGUGUUCCCCAGAGGUCAACCUGCUACAGGGACAAUGUGUCCAUCACUGCCUGACCCAGAAGCAGCACCACCUGACAGGAGCCCGCCAGAAUGUCCUCCACCCAAAAAAAAAGACAUAUCAGGGAUGCUUUUCUUGCGCACAAUGAAAAGGUGAAUGAGCACACAUGAAGGCAAGGAAACACACAUCCUUCUCUGCUGAUAGUGUUUCCAAGCUGAAGCUCAGUGUAAAAAAACUACUGUUUUGCUUGUAAACAUGGCUAGCACAAAACUGUCCUUACCCUCUGCUUGAUUAUUAAAAAAAAAAAACAUAUAAAAUACAUAUAUUACAUGUUAUUAUAUGUCUGGAUUCUGACAGCGGUUUUAUAGGUGUUGUUCCCAAAACUAGAUUUUACUUUGUCAUCAUCUUUUUUGUGUGCAGAUUUUCAGGUGAGUUGCCAGUUCGGUCAUCUUAGUCCAAGCAUAAAACUCAAAGACAUCAAAGAUAUUUUUGUAAGAGAAAAUGUGAAAUAUUCAAUGCAAUGGGGCAUUAAUGCACAGAUAGGUUUUACUAUCAACUAUUGUUUAGGUUUACAGCUUUAUUUCUUCAUGUUUUUGUAAAUUUAUUUUCAAUUAAAGUUUUUAAAGCAAAA